AUGACGGCGCCCCAGCGGCAGAAGGCGCUGGAGGUCUUUGGAUCUGAAGCGAACUCACAGGAGGCCAUUGCGAAGACUCAUCAGCCCUGCAUCUCUUUGUUUAGAUGGUGUGCUUGCAUUGGUGCCUUCGUCACCCACACCGAGCGGCUCAUCGCUGCGCCGUCGGUGUCCGCGUCCGUGGCGCCGUCGACGGCCGAGCCGGGCACCACGCCGCUGCCGAGUGACCGAGCGGAUCGGGUGGAAGAAGCGGCCGCGGCGCCGGGCGAGGCGGAGCCGGGCUUCGUAGUGGAGCCUGAGCUCUCGCAGCUGAGCAGUUCGCAGCUGAAGAGCGUUCAGGAGUUGAAGGUGCUGAAGCCGGGAGUGGGGAUGGUCGUUUUUCACGGCACCACGGAUUGCACGGAUCUGGAUGUGGCGCGAGAUAUCGUCUUGAAGCGGGGCUAUGUUCUCGUUUAUCCAGAUCAGAAGAAGAAACCUCCACCUGGACAUGGCCUCAACAAACAUGCCACUGUGACGAUGUAUCAAUGCUUCCCACCUGGUGAGCCCUUGCGGGCACUCAGCGAGGAGGCGGUGGCUGAGUAUAAAGACAAGAUCCGGCGAAUGACCGAGGAGAAUAGCGCAUGCACCUUUAUUGACUAUGACUGCCAGACAGGCCGCUGGUCGCUGACGCCACGGCCCACGCCCACGCUUUCUCCGCGCGGUUCACCGGUGCCACCGCUGCAGUUCACGCCCAGACGUGCCAGCGCCAAGUCCAUCGCAGCCAACGAGCUGCUGCAGAGCGAGAAGCGCCUGGCCGAGCGAAAAGCGCAGCUCCGGCACGAGACCUUCCGAGCCGUUCAGACCGCGGAUGUGGCGGAGCAGACCUGGACCAGACACUUGGGAGGGAAGAUGAGGGAGGGAAGUGAACCUUUAGGAAGUUGGAGAGGCUGUUGGAACUGGAUAGGCUCCGUUCCCUUGGAGAGCAGCUACGUUCCACCGGAGGAGACUGAGGAACUACCUGCCGUCUCGGCCAGCAUCCCGACCAUCCCACCAGUGAGGCUCCUGAAAGCCCCCGCCGAGCCGGAGCCCGAGGAGGUCGUCGCUGGUCCAGCGCCCCAAGUGGAAGAGGUCGCCGGCACCGCAGCGGCCGCCCCUCCUGAAGGCGUCUUCCAGUCCUCGGAACAGUCGAAUCUCUCCGCGGUAUUGAAAAUCAUUGAAGCUGUGGCCGUCCUGCUGGGAGACACUGAUGGUACAGCUGUGAACGUGCAAGAAGUGCUCACAGACUCCCUUCCUCAGAAGCUUGCCAGCUUUGAUCCUGGGAGCAUCACUGCAUCACAACGAUCGAAGGUCAAGAGCCUGCUGAAAUUGCCAGAUGUUCAACCAGAUGCUGUUGCCAGCAUUUGCCAUCACUGCGCUUCAUUGUCCCAGUGGUGUGAGUGUGUCAUGGCCUUCCUUCGAGCAGACCUGGCAGAGGAGGAGGCCAGAUCAGCUGCUCGAAGGUCCGCCAGGAGGUCGGAAAAGCAGGACCGACUCUUCGCACACAUCCAAGUCAUCCAAGUCUUCGGAAAAUCAGACUCAUCGCUCAGGCCCCAACUGGUCACGUUUCCGGACUUGUCCCAGCUGAGCGCUGCUGAAUUGAAAGCGGUUCGAGAGCUGACGGUGUCGCGCCCCGACGUGGGCUCGGUGAUCUUCCAUGGGCUGACCGACUGCAGCGACCUGCAGGUCGAAAGGGAUAUUGUGCUGCAGAAGGGCUUCAUUUUGGUCUACCCGGACCCCGUGAAGAAGCCGCAGCCGGGAUGUGGCUUGAACAAGCCCGCCACGGUGACCAUGUACAACUGCUUUCCGCCGGGCGAGCUGUUGAUGGAGGAUCCCUUGGUCCGAGAGGAUUACAAGGAGAAGAUCCGGCUCAUGACGGAGGAGAACAGGACAUGCAAAUUUCUGGACUAUGACUGCCAAAGGGGCAUUUGGCAGUUUGAGGUGAAUCGAUUUUGA